AUGGAGACCCCCCCACCAAUUCCAUAUCGAUCACGACAACAUUCCCAUCGAAAAACUCUCUCAACUCCUUCGGCAUAUUCCUCAAAUCGUAUAUCAGUUCAACCCGCAUCCCCAGAGGUCAUAUCUUCUUUAAUUACAUCGCUUUCCAUCAUAUCCUCUCCUGUGCAUGAACUUUUCGAGAAUCACUCAACACCGGUUUCACCAGCUGCGUCGACCAGUUCCUUUAUCCACUCAGACUUGCGCCCAUCAUAUAAUAGGUCGAAUCUAGGUGGAAGUUUUGGCAUAGAUUACGGGGCCUUCAGACAACCUUCAUUGCGCGAACUUAUCGAGGAAGAAUCUCUCGAUGAAUUGGCUGCGAGUCCUCCUGUUAUUAAAACGGCGAAACCUCCUUCAGGAUUUUCACCACUAACUGCACCAAAAUCGCCAGCACUAGAUUCUAGAUCCAAUUCACUUAAAAACUUUCUGCGCCGACCGGGUUCGAAGGGUUCACAAGGUUCGAAAGAAAAAGAUGAUUCGAGCACAAUCGGCAGCUUGUCAAUAGAGCCUGGUUACGCUCCAACGCAGAAAUUGGAAAGUCAAAGAUCAACGGAUAGCUGGGACAAAAAACAGGGUCGAAAUCAUAAAGGAUUGAUGUAUAGGAGUUCGAAAGAGAGACUCAGAGACAACGCGUCGGAUAAGAAACGCUCAGGACCAGGAAAUUUCAAGGGCCUUGGGCUUGAUCGUCUGGCCAUACAGAGUUUUGAUCAACCAUCUUUUAUGGCGGAGACUUCUAUCACCGAGGAACCUCCCACACUAGGCAAACAUACGAUACUUACUCUCGACACUACCAAUACAGCCCCCAUUGCUUGCCGUUGGUCUCCCUCGCUGGCGAAUAGUCCCGGCGGCAUUGGGUCUGGUAGAUUUAUUCCUGCGCGAGAUUCCUCUCUUCGAAAACCGGCCGCUCAAACGAAGAAACGCGAUUCAAAGUUAGCGAGUCGACAAAGUGAUAUGGAGCGUGAGAAAGAGAAGGAUGUCAUCAAUGAGCACGAUGAAGGCUCUGAUCAGAGGCAGGAAAGCUCGACUGAAUCGGGGGAAUAUACGAAUCUCAAGGAUUUCACUGAAGGCUCGGAACCCCCUUUAUCUCUCGCAUCUGCAGCGCUGGCCAGCAAGCAUCUCGAGGCUGCAAAGAACAAUGAGCAUCUAGUUGUUGAGGAUGAUCUUGAUUGUGCCCCUGCGCCCAUUAUCAACCAACGAGAGUCACCACUUGACCCCAAUUCCAGCAAAUCCAGACGAUCAUCUAGCCAGAAAAGACAAACUGGUGGGAUUUUGUCUGGACCACCUGAGAUAAAAGUAGGACGAAGCAGUUCACGAUUGAAGCGUUUGUCCGGUCCUCUAAGCCCUGGCAAUUCAGAUAACGAUACGUCCAAGAAAAGUUCUUCUAAACCUACCUCUCGAAUUGUUUCUCUCGAUCAACCGAGACCUAGUUCUGUAUUUACCGAUGCCCGCCCUAGCAGUGCAGAUUCCAUUGAUGAUGCCGUCACAACUUAUCUUGCCUCCCCACGCCUUUCACAAAAAAUCAGGCAUCCUCAAAGUGGUCGAACCAUUUCAUUCUCGGAAGUAGGCGAUCCAGAAGGUUCAGCGGUCUUCUGUUGUGUUGGGAUGGGAUUAACAAGAUAUAUCACCGCCUUUUACGAUGAACUUGCCCUAGCACUCAAGUUACGAUUGAUUACACCGGAUAGACCAGGCGUUGGGCAAAGUGAGCCCUAUACUGAUGGUACAGCGACUCCACUAAGCUGGCCUGAUGACGUAUACGCAAUUUGUCAAGCUCUGAGGGUUACAAAGUUCUCUAUACUAGCACAUUCGGCAGGUGCGAUAUAUGCUCUUGCGACAGCACUACGUAUGCCGCAGCAUAUACGCGGCCGCGUUCAUCUUCUUGCCCCUUGGAUUCCCCCUUCACAAUUGACGACAUUUGGUACACAGACGGUGUCCCCACCUGCAAACUCUAUCCCUACAUCUCAGCGCAUUCUUCGUGCGCUCCCCACUACAAUUCUUAAGGUCGCAAACUCCAGCUUCAUGAGUGCUACUAGUAGCUCGGUUACCAGUAGUCUUCCAAAGCAAAAGAGAAAUAAGCGCAAGUCUGCAAGUACCACUCGAGAUACUCCCACACCGAACGGUAGGAAUAAGGUACUCACCCCAGGUCUAGACAAGGAGAAUCAAAAAUUUGAUGCUUCGAAAAGACCAGAAUCUACGGUGCCAGAAUUAAUAGAGCAAGCAGCAGGAGAUCCAAAUGAUCCAAAUCAUGAUGCCGCAAUAUUAGCAGUAGCUGCGAGUACGUUGGCCGAUAAAGAAAGGCAAAUGAGCUACGACACACGUCUGACACAUGCCAUAUGGGACCUAGCUACUCUUGGCGCAAAUCCCGCGGUGGACUUACUAGUGUGUCUGGAGAGAAGACAUACUAUCGGGUUUCGUUAUGUUGAUAUCACGCGUUCGACAGUCAUUCAUCAUGGAAGUAAGGAUACACGAGUUCCUGUCGAAAAUGUUCGAUGGCUGGGGAAAACGAUGAAGAGAUGUGAAGUACGAGUGUUAGAAGGAGAAGGACAUGGAUUAAUGGCUUCGGCUACAGUGAUGGGUGGUGUGCUCAUGGAAAUCGCACAAGAAUGGGAGGAUUGGAUUGAGAUCACGGGACCCACGAGAGGUGAUGGGUUGAAAAGAAGUUUAAGGGAAAGGGCAAGUGUGGGAGCUUUCAGAUGA